AUGCAUCAUGAAUCGUCUUCUAUCUCACAGUCGACCCGAUAUCAACCAUUUACACAAUCAACAACAGCAGGAAUAUUGAAUGGAAGUUCGAAUAUUGUGAUCAUUGAUAGAAAGUCACGAAUUCAACGAUGGAUAUUUGGAAUGAUUAUUGGUUCAGCACCAUUUUUAGUUAUUCUUAUGUGUUGGAUGUUUGUAUCAGUAUGUAUUAAUAAUUUAGUUAGAUAUUAUCAAAAUCGAAGAAAACAACAUCGAAAUGAUAUACAAACAAAUGAAACUAGAAGUAUUGUAUCAUCUAAGAUACAUGUGUAA